AUGACGUAUGAUGGUGAAGUUGGUGGGAUGAUGACGUAUGCUGGUGAUGUUGGUGGGAUGAUGACGUGUGAUGGUGAUGUUGGUGGGAUGAUGACGUAUGAUGGUGAUACUGGUGGGAUGAUGACGUAUGAUGGUGAUGUUGGAGGGAUGAUGACGUAUGAUGGUGAUGUUGGUGGGCUGAUGACGUAUGAUGGUGAUGUUGGUGGGAUGAUGACGUAUGAUGGUGAUUGUUGUGGGAUGAUGACGUAUGAUGAUGAUGUUGGUGGGAUGAUGACGUAUGAUGGUGAUGUUGGUGGGAUGAUGACGUGUGAUGGUGAUGUUGGAGGGAUGAUGACGUGUGCUGGUGAUGAAGGUGGGAUGAUGAUGUGUUCUAUUCAUAUUGGUGGUUAA